GUACACCUUCAGUCAUUUAAGCUAACUUGGCAAUGAACCGGUUCGUGUUGUGUGUCCCAGUAUGUGAAUUUAGUUAUUAUGUAUUUUCCUAACAUAGUACAUUUUUCAUGGGUGUCACUUUUUGCUUCGGUGCAGUGGAUGUCAGACAGCUAACCUAAUUACGAAGGUGUUUUGGAGGCUUGAUGUGGUCCAUCCCUGCCCUGCCCUGCGCCAAGUGUCAGUAUGGAUGAAGAAACCCUUGAGGCAGCCAUCUCCACCUAUGGUGCCCAGUUGCAGCAGGUGGAGACCGCCCUGUCAGCUGGCCUGGACCCCUCCCAGCAGUCAGACCUGCUCAAAUUGAAAGAAGACCUUUCUCAGCUGAUUGAGCUCACGGAGGCCAGCCUUGUGUCGGUCAGAAAGAGUCUGCUUCUGGCCAGCCUCGAGGACAGUAAUGGCUUGCAGUCAAACGCCUCAGACGCAAACAGCGCAGCAUUGGACUGUGAGUUUGCUGCUUUCUACUCUGAACUCGGGGAGUCUUCGGGUAGCAGCUCUGACACUAGAGAGAGGGACAAGGAGGAGGAAGCAGGGGUAGAGGAUGGUGAAGAAGAGGAGGAGGAGGAGGAAGAAGAGGAAGAUGCACUCAGUGGUACCAAAGUAAGAGCUCCUUACCGGACAAAAUGGGGGACACUGGAGUAUCACAAUGCCAUGGUGGUGGGGGCAGAACCACCAGAUGGAGAAGAGGCACAAGUAAGAGUGCUCUAUGUGUACCCCACUCAGAAGUCGAUGAAACCCUGUCCAUUCUAUCUAGAGGACAAAUGUCGCUUCCCAGAUAGUUGCAGGUUCUCCCAUGGCGAAGUGGUGUAUGUGUCAGAGCUCAGAGAGUUCCUUGAGUGUGACCUCAGUAAACUUGAAGAAGGUUCAACCUGCUUGGCCCGACAUGAGGACGGGAUCUGGUACCCGGCCAGAAUCAAAGAAAUCGACAGCGGUUUCUACACUGUGAAGUUUGACUCAGUACUGCUGAAAGAUGUUGUGGUCGAGGCUGAUGGCAUACUCCCGCCUUUGAGAGAAGACGACCCGAUUUCCUCAGACUCCGACCAGGACGACACUGGAAAUGGAGAUGAUGUGGCUUAUGCAAAAGUUAUGGACUCUGUAGAAUCCACAGUAAACAGUGAACAUUUCGGUGGCUGGGAGGCACACACCAGAGGAAUCGGAUCCAAGCUUAUGCUCAAAAUGGGCUAUGAAUAUGGGAAAGGUUUAGGAAAGAUGCAGGAAGGUCGAGUAGAGCCCGUCAUGGCAGUGGUUUUAUCCAAGGGGAAGUCUCUGGAUCACUGUGCAGAGCUCACCCAGAGACGCACCCAGAGCAAGGUCGCUCAAGAUGGCACGGAAACAGGCCGCCCAAAGAAACGCAGAAAGCGGCGUGUGGACACCGGAGGGCGCCAAAACGUCUUUGACUUUCUCAACCACAAGCUGGGAGGCAAGAACAGUAAUCCUGCUGAGGGGGGUGCUGCUUCGCUGUCAGCAGCGACCGGCGUGGAGGCUUACAGGGGAGGAAAAGGCACCAAGAGGAAUCUCAAUGUGAAGCUGUUCCAGGCUGCUGAGAGGGUUUCCCAGACUGAGAGGGAGAUCAAGAAACUGAGUGAGUCACUUGGAAGACAAACAGGAAGGGACGCCUCCAGAGUGAAGCAGCUGGAAGAGAAGCUGUCAGCGGCCCGCCGGCUGCUGGCCCAGCAGAAAGCCCAGGAGCUGUCCAUCCAGAGAGAGAACAGGAAGGCUGACACACACAAGAAGAUGACUGAGUUCUAAGCUCAGUUCACUCAAAGACUUGGAGGAUAAAGGGAAGCAAUGCUUGCCUGAAAUGAACUUUUGUCCUCUGCCCGUUGUCAGUUUUUUGUUUUGUUUUUUUUUACACUGUAUUUACAGACCUUUUUUCAGCAUCAUUUCUCUCCAGCGUCAUGGAUUUGUGCCAGUGGUGGUGCCCACUGAAUGCAGAAUGAAGGCUGAUGAUUAUUUCCGCUUCUCAUUUUAUUUUCAUGGACUGAUCAGUUUAUUUAGUGUGAACAGUUGUUUGACUUCAAAUGGUACUGUUCACAUCAAUGUAACAAACAACAUUUGAUUUGUAAUGAAGAUUUUGUCUCAUUAUAUUUAUCUUGUUCACCACUAAACACCCUGUUUUGAGAACCUA